AUGAAGGGAAGUAGUAGAUGGGUGGCACAUGAUGGUGAAUCUAGUACAGGCAGGCUAGCAGCAAAAUCGAAGUUACACUGCAAAAGAUUCAGCGAGUCAAGUAAUAAACAAAAGGGAACUGUACUGCUGAAAUGGAUUAAACUUAUCUGUGUUACGGUUGCUCGAGGUGACAAGGCUGGUGGGGAGGCAAUUCCGAUGCUUUUAAGAUUUCCUCGUCUUUUUGAUCCCUGGGGAGGUUAUGACAUGAUUGGGUUUGGAGAUAUUCUCUUUCCUGGGUUGCUUAUUUCCUUUGCUCAUAGGUAUUGA